AUGCUCUACCGCCUCCAGCCUGAAGUUGACUGCUACCUGACCGAUCCUGGUCGGUUAGGCCCCGCAGGUACACAAUUACGGACAGAUCGAAGCACGCAUAACAUCAUUAUCACGGUUACCAGAGCGCGGAUGGGCUACAAGUGGGCAUGCCGCGGCCGGAAGGGGCCGGUGUGGCCUGUCUUGCGGCGCGAUCGUCCAGCCCACCGACACGGAGUCUUCGAAACACCGGUCGUCUUGAGCACAUGUGGGCUGGAGGGUUUCGGGCUGGCCCGUCAAAUGAGGGCCGAGAGACAGGCGCCACAGGCACACGCCGAUAGAGGCACGGCCGGGACACAUCAGGGCGUAUUGGUACAGCAGCCGAAUGCGGCAUCGAUUCGAGGACGAAGCAUUCGUCUGCCUAGGAAAGCUUGGCAACUAGACCGGCCGAUUGACAGAUCAACCGAUCCACCGACCAACCGAUCAGCCAACCAACCAGUAGAACGACUUUGCGCAGGCUCUGCGACAGUACAUAAACUGAUAGGGACAGACGGAGACGGCAGAGAGGAAUUCCUGCAGUCAGGGCGUCUUAGCGAAGGGAAAGACAGCCCGAAAGAAGAUCGAGAUGGGAAGAUAAGAGCAACAUCGUACGGCCGACAUCGGACACACUUGUCUGUGUGCCCGGUGUACACGCGGACGCCAGCACGAGCAGUCAAGCCAGUGUGCGCCUGUUUUCGUGUGAAGCAAUUAGCCAGGCCCAACCCUUUAUGGGGCGAUGCUCUCGGCCCAGCAGCUGACCCAAACAGUGUGCUUCUCUGGCGCGCGAGAUUGCCUAGCCCGAAGGAAUGGAAUGUGGAGGAAAAGUCAUCUCAGUAG